AGACCCGAGACGACGCUGUGGGCAAGUGCUGUGAUACUGGGAAUACACACGUCUUGCAUAUUUCUCUCUAUACAGUAAGAUCACUGACUGCACUCAAGCGUUGGCUGACAACUUCUAAAACGAGGCGGUUUUCUUGGAUCCAGAUCACCUUUGUGGCUCUCCAUCAUUCGUCGUUCGUUCAGCCGAAUCUCGGUCCAACGAGUUUAAACGUGGAUUAUCGGCACCGCAAAUGUUGUCCUUAAAUGGAGAUAAAUGAAAGAGAAUGACAAAUAAGUGCUGCGGGACACACUGAAGGAGGGAUCUCCUGCUUUUUUGAUGUGUGUCUGGUAAUAUCAAUUACAUGUGUGGAGCGGACGAGGGAUUUUCGUGAUUUCGUACGCGUGCGGGGUAGAUCAGUGACCACUUGAAUCACGUCUCCCCUUUGGUUUGCCUUCCCUCCUUUUCUUCUGCUUUAGGUGUGAAAUCUAUCUUCUCAGACAGAGACUCUGAACCCCUCGGUGCCCGAAUGACAUGGUUCAGUCCAGCUGCGAGAUCCGAGGCUCCUCCAUGCAUUGGGAUUUUUCUCAGCGCCGACACCAAGUGAAUCUCCCUUUUUUGACCAUCUGAGAACUAUCGUGCCUGCAAGACCAGAGGGGAAAAAAGCCCUGCCAUGACCGCCAAUUCAAACCGGAACGGAGCAACGGGACUUGCGAGGAGACCGGAAUGCGCAUGCAGAAAGGGGGACGGAAUACGGAUUUUUGCUCUAAUGAAGGCGGGAGUGCAGGCGCACCAUUGGAGCCGGGUGCUGUUCUUAUACAUGGGGCUACUGGCCGCCUCAGUAAAGGCUCAGAACUGCAGUUACACACUACACAGUCCCAAUGGGACGAUAGAAAGCCCUGGCUACCCCUACGGUUAUCCUAACUAUGCCAACUGUACAUGGGUGAUUGUGGCAGCGGAGCACAACCGAAUACAGCUGGUGUUUCAAGGCUUCGCCCUAGAGGAGGACUUUGACAUCUUGUCUGUAUAUGACGGGCCACCCAGCCCGGGGAACCUGCGUACACGGUUAACGGGAUUCCAGCUGCCUUCACCCAUUGUGAGUACUGGCUCCAGGCUCACGCUGUGGCUACUGUCUGACUACGCGGUCAGUGGGCAGGGAUUUAAAGCUGUCUAUGAAGCUCUACCCAGCUACACGUGUGGUAAUCCUGGACAGCUACUCAAUGGCCACCAGCAGGGGUCUACGUUUAACAUUGGGGACAAAAUCCGCUACAGCUGCAGCCCGGGCUAUGUGCUGGAGGGUCACACUACCCUGUCCUGCCUUGCCACUUCAGCAGGGACUGCUGCCUGGGAUUUCCCCCUCCCUUACUGCAGAGCGGAUGAUGGGUGUGGGGGGACACUGCGGGGCCAGAGUGGGGUGAUCACCACUCCCAAUUACCCAGCUGAGUAUAACAACAAUGCUGACUGCACCUGGACUGUGCUGGCUGAGCCAGGAGACACCAUUGCUCUGGUCUUCUCUGACUUCCAGCUGGAGGAUGACUACGACCUGCUAGAGGUCAGCGGCACUGAGGGCUCUUCACAGUGGUUCACUGGACCCAACCUUCCCUCACCCAUUAUUAGCAGCAAGAAUUGGCUUCGACUGCACUUUACCUCCGAUGGCAACCACAAGUUGAGAGGUUUCAGCGCCCAGUACCAAGUGAAGAAGAUGACUGAACUUAAGUCUCGGGGUGUAAAGAUGUUGCCUAGCAAAGACAACCACCACAAGAUAUCAGUGUUGUCUCAGAUGGGUGUAGCACAGGGACACAACAUGUGUCCAGACCCAGGGACCCCAGAUCGAGGAAAAAGAAAAGGCUCAGACUUCAGGCGAGGAGCCACAGUGCAUUUUUCCUGCGACGAGGGUUAUGAACUUCAGGGCUCAAAGAGCAUCAGUUGUCUCAGAGUGACAGACAGCUAUGUAGGCUGGAGCGAUGAUCGGCCCAUCUGCAGAGCACCAAUGUGUGGAGGCCAGUUGAGAGGACCCAGUGGUGUCAUCACAUCUCCAAACUACCCGGUCCAGUAUGACAACAAUGCUAACUGCACUUGGGUCAUCACAGCCACAGACAUGUCUAAGGUGAUCAAGCUGACAUUUGAGGAUUUUGACCUGGAGCGAGGCUAUGACACCCUGACGGUGGGAGAUGGCGAGGUGGUCGGAGACCAGAAGACCAUCUUCCAUGUCCUGUCUGGUACGACCACACCAGACCUUGUGGUUAGCACCAGUCACCAGAUGUGGCUCAAUUUCAAGACAGAUGAUACCAGUGGCUCCCUGGGCUUCAAGGUGUCCUAUGAAGAAAUUGACCAAGGUAGUUGCGGAGAUCCUGGAAUUCCAGCUUAUGGCAAACGUGAGGGGACAGGUUUUCGUCACGGGGACCGACUCUACUUUGAGUGUCUGCCUGCCUUUGAGCUGGUGGGGAAGAAGAACAUCACCUGUCAGAAGAACAACCAGUGGUCGGCGAAGAAACCCAGCUGCGUUUUUUCCUGUUUCUUCAACUUUACCACUCCAUCCGGGGUGCUACUGUCGCCCAACUACCCCCAGGAGUAUGGCAACAAUAUGCACUGUGUAUGGCUGAUCAUUACCAACCCUGAGAGCCGAAUCAAUCUGGCCUUCAACGACCUGAGCAUGGAGAAACAGUUUGACUUCCUCUCAAUCAAGGACGGGGGAAAGGCCGAGUCUCCUAUCCUGGGUACCUUUUCUGGUGACGUCCUGCCUCCUUCUAUAACAACUAGUGCCCAUGUGGCCCGUCUGGAGUUCCUGACUGACCACACCUACACAGACAGAGGCUUUAACAUCACGUUUACAACAUUUCGCCACAACGAGUGCCCAGACCCAGGAGUGCCUGUUAAUGGGAAACGCUUUGGUGAGAGCCUUCAGCUGGGCAGUUCCAUCUCAUUCCUGUGCGAAGAGGGCUUCGUUAAGACCCACGGCUCGCAAACCAUCUCGUGCAUUCUCAAGGAUGGCAACGUGGUGUGGGACAAUGCAGUGCCCCGCUGUGAAGCCCCAUGUGGAGGGGAUCUGAAGGCUCCCAGUGGGAUCAUCCUCUCCCCUGGCUGGCCAGAACUCUAUAAGGAGGCCCUUAACUGUGAAUGGAUCAUUGAGGCUCCUCCAGGCUACCCCAUCAAGAUCAUCUUCGAUAAGUUCCGUACAGAGGUCAACUAUGACGUCCUUGAGGUGCGCGAUGGGCGUUUUCCCUCUUCACCUCUAAUUGGUAGUUACCAGGGCACCCAGGUUCCCCAGUUCCUCAUCAGCACCUCCAACUUCAUUUUUCUCCUCUUCUCCACUGACAAGAGCCACUCUGACAUCGGCUUCCGCAUACGUUACGAAACCCUGCAGUUACAGUCGGAUCACUGCGUGGACCCUGGUAUCCCGGUCAACGGACAGCGACACGGCAAUGACUUCUAUGUGGGCGCUUUGGUGACAUUUAGCUGUGACGCAGGGUACACACUUAGUGACACAGAGCCAUUAGAAUGUGAACCUAAUUUUCAGUGGAGCCGCCCCCUGCCAAGCUGUGAUGCUUUGUGUGGCGGUUAUAUCCAGGGGAACUUUGGCACCAUCCUAUCACCUGGCUUCCCAGACUUUUACCCACACAACCUGAACUGCACAUGGAUAAUCGAGACCUCUCAUGGCAAAGGUGUCCAAUUCACCUUCCACACCUUCCACCUUGAGAGCCCUCAUGACCAUUUGUUAGUGACGGAGAACGGCAGCUUCUCUCAGCCCCUGUGGAGACUGACAGGCUCCACACUGCCUCCACCUCUCAGUGCAGGCCUUUUUGGAAACUACACAGCUCAGAUCCGUUUCCUCUCUGACUUCUCUGUUUCCUACGAGGGAUUCAACAUCACUUUCUCAGAGUAUGAUUUGGAGCCAUGUGAGGAUCCUGGAAUCCCACCCUACAGUACCAGAAAAGGCCUGCAGUACGGAGUGGGCGACGCCCUCAUCUUCUCCUGUUUUCCGGGUUACCGACUGGAGGGUCCGGCGAGGGUGAUUUGCUUAGGGGGCAGGAGGCGGGUGUGGAGCUCCCCUCUGCCAAGGUGUGUUGCUGAAUGCGGCUCAUCCGUGACUGGCAUGCAAGGGGUGCUGCUCUCACCCAACUACCCCGGUUACUACGGCAACAACCACGAGUGCAUCUACUCCAUCCAGACGCAGCCGGGCAAAGGCAUCCAGCUACGAGCACGAGACUUCAGACUGGAGGAGGAUGACAUGCUCAAAGUCUUUGAUGGCAGCAGUAAUAAGGCUCGUCUGCUGGGGGUGUUUACAGGCAGCGAGCUGCUAGACACAACCCUGAACUCCACCUCCAGCUCCAUGUGGCUGGAGUUCAUCAGCAAUGCGGAUAACACCAGUAAAGGCUUUGAACUGCACUUCAUUAGUUUUGAGCUGGUGAAAUGUGAGGAUCCAGGUGUUCCGCAGUUUGGCUAUAAGCGGGAGGACAAGGGUCAUUUUGCAGGGAGCACUGUGUCGUAUAGUUGUGACCCAGGCUACACCCUGAAAGGCCCCGAGGUGCUCACAUGCCUGAGGGGGGAGAGGAGGGCAUGGGACAGCCCCCUCCCACUGUGUGUUGCGGAGUGUGGGGGUGCCAUCAAGGAUGAGCCUUCUGGUCGUAUCCUGUCUCCGGGCUACCCAGCUCCAUAUGAGCACAACCUGCACUGUAUGUGGACCAUUGAGGCGGCCCCUGGAAGCACUAUUAGUCUGCAUUUCCUGGUUUUCCACACGGAGGAGGUCCAUGACGUGCUUCGUAUCUGGGACGGGCCCCAGGAUGGUGGGGUCCUGCUGAGGGAGCUGAGCGGCUCAGCGCUGCCCCCAGACGCCCACAGCACCUUCAACACUGUCAGCCUGCAGUUCACCACAGACUUCUUCACCAGCAAGCAGGGCUUCGCUCUGCAGUUCUCUGUCUCUACUGCAACCUCCUGCAAUGACCCAGGCAUGCCAACUAAUGGGACCCGUGGCGGUGACAGCAGGGAGCCCGGGGACCAUGUGGUGUUCCAAUGCGAUCCUGGCUACGUCCUGCAGGGGGCCAACAGGAUCACCUGCACUGAGAUCAACGGUCGCUUCUUCUGGCAGCCAGACCCUCCUACAUGCACAGCUCCAUGUGGCGGGAACCUGACAGGUCCUAGUGGGCUGAUUCUGUCUCCAGACUAUCCUGAACCAUACCCCCAUGGAAGGGAGUGUGACUGGACAGUUGCUGUCACACAGGACUAUGUCAUCGCUCUUAGCUUCAACCAGUUCAGUUUGGAGCCCAGUUAUGACUUCUUACAUAUCUACGAUGGGCCAGACUCCCUCAGCCCCUUGCUGGGUAGUUUCUAUGGCACAGACGUUCCAGACCGCAUUGAGAGCAGCUCCAACAUGCUCUUCUUGGCUUUCCGCAGCGAUGCUUCCCUCAGCAGCAAUGGAUUUGUGCUGCAGUACACAGAGAACCCCAGGGAGUCUUGCUUCGAGCCAGGCCUGGUGCGCAAUGGGACGCGGGUGGGUGCCGACCUCAAGCUGGGUUCCACUGUCACCUACCACUGCGACAGUGGCUACACACUAGAGGGAGACCCAACCCUCACUUGCAUCAUGGGGGGAGAUGGCAAGCCAAGCUGGAACAAACCCAAACCUGUCUGCAUUGCUCCAUGUGGUGGACAGUACUCAGGUUUGGAGGGAGUGGUCUUGUCUCCUGGUUACCCUGGCAACUACAGCAGUUCACGAACCUGUCUGUACUCUGUGAUGGUGCCCCAGGAUUACGUGGUCUUCAGUCAGUUCGCCUUCUUCCAGACAGCUCUAAAUGACAUUGUGGAGGUUUAUGAUGGGGCAACACAGCACUCCCGAGUUCUCAGCUCCCUUUCUGGAGCACACACAGGCGAGUCGUUGCCAUUAGCAACCUCCAACCAAAUCCUGAUCCGCUUCACUUCCAAAGGCCAAUCCAGCUCUAGAGGAUUCCACCUGGUCUACCAGGCUGUGCCACGGACCAGUGCCACCCAGUGCAGCUCAGUCCCUGAGCCCCGAAAUGGCCGGCGUAUGGGUAACAACUUCGCUGUUGGCGCUGUGAUCCGUUUUGAGUGCAGCCCAGGUUACAUGCUGGAGGGAUCGAGUGCCAUUGAAUGUUUGACAGUGCCCAAUGCCCUGGCACAGUGGAACAGCUCCAUACCCAGCUGUAUAGUUCCGUGUGGAGGCAAUCUGACCUAUCGAACUGGCACCAUCUUAUCUCCUGGCUUUCCUGAGCCUUACCUCAACAGUCUUAACUGUGUCUGGAAGAUCACUGUUCCUGAAGGAUCAGGAAUCCAGAUCCAGGUAAUCAGCUUUGUCACAGAGCAGAACUGGGACUCACUGGAGGUGUUUGACGGAGGAGACAACACUGACACCAUGCUUGGCAGCUUCUCAGGCACCACUGUCCCAGCUCUCCUCAACAGCACCUCCAACCAACUCUACCUCCACUUUUUCUCUGAUAUUAGUGUGUCUGCAGCUGGAUUCAGGCUGGAAUACAAAACGGUGUCUCUGACCAACUGUCCAGAGCCCGUGGUUCCCAUGAACGGUAUCAAGGUUGGGGAGCGUCUUCAGAUGAAUAAUGUGGUGUCUUUCCAAUGUGAACCUGGAUAUACUCUACAGGGGAACUCGCAUAUCACCUGUAUGCCUGGAACCGUCAGACGAUGGAACUACCCACCUCCUCUCUGCAUAGCUCAAUGUGGUGGGAUCCGGGAGGAGAUGGAGGGCAUGAUUCUCAGUCCUGGUUUCCCUGGCAAUUACCCUAGCAACAGCGACUGCACCUGGAGAAUCUACCUGCCAGUUGGUUACGGUGCCCACAUGCAGUUCCUUAACUUCUCCACUGAGGCCAACCAUGAUUUCCUUGAGAUACGCAAUGGGCCCCUUGAUACAAGUGCAGUGAUUGGCCGAUUCAGUGGCCAAGAUAUUCCCUCUUCCCUUCUCACCACUUCCCACGAGACCACAGUAUAUUUCCAUAGUGACCAUUCACAGAACAAACCGGGUUUCAGAUUCGAGUACCAGGCUUAUGAGCUACAGGAGUGCCCAGAUCCAGAGCCUUUCCGCUACGGAGUAGUGGUGGGUGCUGGCUACAAUGUGGGCCAGUCUAUUUCCUUUGAGUGUCUGCCUGGGUACCAGCUGAUGGGACAUUCCAUCCUCACCUGCGAGCAUGGCACCACGCGCAAUUGGGAUCACCCUUUUCCUCGCUGCGAAGUGCCUUGUGGUUGGAACAUCACAUCAGACAAUGGGACCAUCUUCUCCCCAGGUUACCCAGAGGAGUACCCUAGCUCAGCUGACUGUUCCUGGCUGAUCACCGUUGCUCCUGGCUUCGGCAUCAAGCUCAACUUCACCCUGCUUCAGGUUCAUGGGCCUCAUGACUUCAUUACCGUCUGGGAUGGCCCACAGGAGACAGCCAGAAAACUUGGAGUGUUCACUGAUGGAGAGCCCAAUGACCCGCCUAGUAGCACAUCUAAUCAGGUGCUGAUACGUUUCCGUAGUAACACAGAGAAGGGUGGACUGUUCCGUAUCAGCUACCAAGCUUACAGGCUGCAGUUUUGCCUGCCACCUCCCAUCAUUCCCAAUGCAGAGAUCCUGAUGGCAAGCAAAGAGUUUAAAAUUGGUGAUAUUGUGCGCUACCGAUGUCUUCCAGGCUACCAGUUAAGUGGAAACAGCAUCCUGACCUGCCGGUUAGGGACACACUUGGAGUUUGAGGGACCUCCACCCUCAUGUGAUGUGACUUGUCCCAUGAAUGAGGUACUGACAGCUUCCACAGGUGUCAUCAUGAGCCAGUCACCAGGCAGCGGUUUCCCCCAUUUUGAGUCCUGCUCCUGGGUGGUCAAAGUAGAACCCGGCUACAACAUCACCUUCACUAUAGAACACUUCCAGACCAGCCGUCAGUUUGAUGAGCUUGAGAUCUUUGAUGGCCCAUCCAGACAGAGUCCUCUCCUGAUUACCCUCAGUGGUAACUAUUCCAGCCCACUGAGCAUCAGCAGCUCCAGUAACAAAGUCUACCUGCACUGGUCCUUCGAUCACACUACCAGCCACAAAGGCUUUCGCAUUCGCUACUCAGCGGCCUACUGCAGCCCUCCAAACAGCCCUGUGAAUGGCACAGUGCACAGUCUGACAGGCACUAAGUUGGGCAGCACCCUGCGUUUCAGCUGUGACCAGGGCUUCCGGCUUAUUGGCCAGAGCAGUGCCACAUGCACCCGGACUGCGCAGGGGAUCUACCAAUGGAACGCACCAGUGCCACUUUGCCAAGUCAUGUCCUGUGGAAUGCCAGUGCCUCCGGUCAAUGGUAGCAUUGUGGGCCAGGACUUCUCUCUAGGAGCCAGGGCCACAUACCAGUGUAAUCCAGGAUUUCGGCUUGCCGGGCCUGUCACUACUUCCGUGAUCUGUCAGGAAUCUGGGAGGUGGAGCCCCAUUGAGGCUCAGCCCAGAUGUGUUCCGGUGACCUGCCCUGACAUUGGCCACUCUGCUGUGGAACAUGGGAGAUGGAGGCUGAUCUAUGGAACUCAAAACCAAUAUGACACUAUAAUGAUGCUCAUAUGUGACCCAGGAUAUUAUUACCGGGGUCAAAGAGUGAUUCGCUGCCAGGCCAACAGCACCUGGAACUACCCAGAUCCACGCCCAGUCUGCGAGAUCAUAUCCUGUGGGGACCUUGGGACUCCACCAAAUGGCAACAAGAUUGGAACUCUGACUGUGUAUGGAGCCACUGCCAUUUUCUCCUGCAACACUGGAUAUACCUUGGUGGGCUCUCGGGUACGAGAGUGCAUGUCCAAUGGGCUUUGGAGUGGAACACAGGUCCAGUGUCUAGCUGGCCAUUGUGGCACCCCGGAGCCCAUAGUGAAUGGACAGAUCAUUGGGGAGAAUUAUAACUAUCGAGGCAGCGUUGUGUAUCAGUGUAACCCAGGAUUUCGUCUCAUUGGGGUUUCGGUGCGGAUCUGUGAACAGGAUCACAGAUGGUCAGGACGCACUCCUGUCUGUGUCCCAAUCACAUGUGGUCACCCUGGCAACCCUAGCUUUGGUAUGACCCAAGCAACCCAGUUCAACUUAAACGAUGUUGUGCGCUUUGUCUGCAAUACCGGAUAUGUUCUGCAGGGGGCUGUAAAAUCUACCUGCCAGGCCAAUGGGCAGUGGAGCAACGUCCUCCCCAGGUGUAAAAUUGUGAAUUGCACAGAGCCGGGCCACGUAGAAAACAGCAUUCGGCAGGUACUGCCCAGUGGGCCGCAUCGCUACAGCUUCCAGACCACUGUGUCGUACCGCUGUAACCCGGGUUACUACCUGCUGGGCACCAGCUCGAUAUCCUGUCAGGGGGACGGUACCUGGGACCGUUCCCUGCCCAAGUGCCUGUUGGUGCUGUGUGACCGCCCCAGCAUGCCUCCCUAUGCCCAGAUCUCAGGCGACCGUCGGACAGUAGGAUCAGUCAUCCGCUAUAGCUGCAUCGGCCAGCGUACCAUCAUCGGCAACACAACGCGAAUGUGCCAACUGGACGGCCAGUGGAGCGGCUCCCCGCCACACUGCUCUGGGGAGUCUGCCAGGCUGUGCGGAGAUCCAGGCAUUCCUGUACAUGGUAUCCGUCUGGGAGAAGAGUUCACAGUAGGCAGUGUGGUCCGCUUUAGCUGUGAGCCCGGCUAUAUGCUGAAGGGUUCGCCAGAGAGAACUUGCCUGACCAAUGGGACCUGGCUCGGCACCCAACCUGAAUGUCAUGUGAUCUCCUGUGGUAACCCAGGAACUCCACGGAAUGCCCAGAUCCUGAUCCACGACGGCCUAACAUUUUCCAGAUCCAUUACUUACGCUUGCAGGGAGGGCUACUACUCUACUGGCCUGCUUACCCGACACUGCACUGUUAAUGGGACCUGGACCGGCAACAUGCCCGAAUGCUCUGUAAUCAACUGUGGUGACCCUGGAGUGCCAGCCAAUGGGGUGAGAUUGGGCAGUGAUUUCACCUACAACCGCACAGUCAGUUACCAGUGUACUCCUGGUUUCACCAUGGAUGCUGACCGGGCCUCAACUCUUAUCUGCACCAAGGACCGCACCUGGAAUGGCACCAAACCUCUCUGUAAAGCGAUUGUGUGUGGUCCACCACUUACCAUCCCUAAUGGGCAGAUUGUGGGUACUGACUUCACCUGGGGCUCUAGCAUCAGCUACUCCUGCAACCAAGGUUACCAGCUGUCCCUGCCUACUGUGUUAACAUGCCAGGGAAACGGCAACUGGAGUGGAGAGAAACCCCAGUGCUUCCCUGUGUUCUGUGGAGACCCAGGGAUGCCAGCCCAGGGGAGGAGGGAGGAUCGAGGAUUCACCUAUCUCUCCUCUGUCUCCUUUUCCUGCUACGCUCCCCUCGUCCUGGUGGGUUCUACCAGGAGAUAUUGUCAGUAUGACGGCACCUGGAGUGGCACACAACCCUCUUGCAUAGAUCCCACUCACACCACCUGUGGAGACCCUGGCACUCCUCUCUUUGGAAAUCAGAACAACAGUCAAGGCUACCAGAUCAGCAGCACUGUGUUCUUCAGCUGCAGAAAGGGUUACUUACUUCAGGGCUCCAUUACUCGUACUUGUCUGCCCAAUCUCACUUGGAGUGGUUUUCAACCUGACUGCAUUGCCCACCACUGCAGCCAGCCGGAGCUACCAGCCCAGUCUGAUGUGAGAGCCAUAGAACUGCCAUCCCUUGGCUACACACUGAUCUAUACAUGUCAGCCUGGCUUCUACUUGGCCGGAGGAUCAGAGCACAGGACCUGCAGGUCCGAUGGGAGCUGGACAGGGAAACCACCUGUCUGUGCAGCUGAUAAUCGCCCAAGUGGUAAGAGCCCGGUGGGGACAGUGCAGGAGCCACCCUCUAAGUUACCAGUCCCUGGUGGUGUAUUUGCUAAGAAUUCUCUCUGGAGGGGAUCCUAUGAGUACCUGGGGAAGAAGCAGCCGGCUAUGCUCAGCAUCACUGCCUUUGAACCCUUUAGCAACCGGGUUAACGGGACACUCAUCGACCACAGCGGUGUAGAACUCAAGCUGGCUGGUACAUAUAAGAGGGAGGAAGCUCAGCUGCUGUUACAGGUCCACCAGAUCAGAGGCCCUGUGGAAAUCUUUGUCAACAAGUUCAAAAUAGACAACUGGGCCUUAGAUGGACAUGUGUCCUACAUCUCUUCAUCUAACUCCUUUGUGUACCAGGGAUUUGUCAGAGGAAAAGGCUUUGGCCAAUUUGGUCUCCAGAGACUGGAGAGUUUAGAUCCCAGCAGAGACAACCCAGGCUACAACUUUGCGUCCAACAGCAGUUCAGUGGCGGCAGCCAUCCUAGUGCCUUUUAUAGCCAUGAUCAUUGCAGGCUUCGCUCUGUACCUCUACAAACACAGAAGAAGACCCAAAGUCCCCUUCAAUGGUUACGUGGGCCAUGAGAACACUAAUGGACGAGCUACAUUCGAGAACCCUAUGUAUGACCGCAACAUCCAACCCACUGACAUAAUGGCCAAUGAGACAGAAUUCACAGUCAGCACAGUCUGCACAGCUGUAUAGCAGCUGCUUCCUCCAGAGUUAGGGGAGGAGAAGUUCACCACAUCUUCGCCUGCCUGCCAACAGAGGACAUCCAUAGUUCCUUGAGUAGAGGGCAAGACAAAGAUUAUUUUAUUUGCUGAAAUACAUUCAAGAGACAUCUCCAGUGGCAAAGGCUCUUUCCCGCAGGAGAAAAAAAAAUAAAUAAAUAGAAACCAUGUGAAGACAACAAAGACUGUAACAAAUGCCAACAACAACUUUACAUGGUUUCUUAAUCAUUUUCCAUAUUUUGAGGAACAGCUUCCUCCUGAAACUGCAGCCAGCAGGAGUAACGCUGGAAGCAAAGCUGUGAUGACUUUUCUCACCGCCCUCCGCCUAAACCCAAAGGGAAUUUUAUGGUCAACUUAAAGUCAAGAAACUGACCUGUAGCUAACAGAUCUUUGUGCAAGCGAACUGUAUGGCGGACAGCCCCGUGUUGGCCUCUGUGAGUCAAAGAGAGACAGUCUGGACUGUUUCGAUUCACUGUAGUCUGUCUUCUCUGUUUUGUUUGUUUGUUUUUUGUUGUUUUUUUGCUCUCUUUUUAUACACUGCUUGCUUUCUGUGAUGAGUAAUUGGGAACUGUGUUUUUCCCCCAGCCGUCUGCUCCUGAGGCUGUUAAAAGGUUUCAUCGUAGGCCCUGAGUCUCUGGCUGAGGAUGAAUUAAAGAUUCAGUUGUGAAGGCCA